GAAAAAUAAAUUACUAAAUAUAAAUGUUUCUAAGUUUUUUUGUUUUUAUUUGAAAAAUAAAGAAGAUUAUCGAGUAGUUUUGUAUGUGUUAUUUAAAACUUAGCGUCUGAGAUUUUAUUCAAAGGAAUGGGAAAGGUUAAAUGACGUUCCUUGUGUUUUUUUGGAUGAAAAAUGAACGAUAAGACAGAAGCAAGCAACGUUGUCAAGCUGAAAUCAAAUUUCAAUGUGCUCUCCAAACAUGAAGCCUUUUACACUGGAGGAAAAAUUCAGUUUUCAGCAACUCAAGAUGUUGUGUUCUGUAGCUGUGGUGAAAAGAUUAAAAUAAUAAAUGUCGAGAGUGGAAAAGUCUCACAGACAAUAUCUGAGGAAAGUGAUGAGAUCUCAUGCUUUGCUGUGAGCCCAGAUGACGAGAUCUUAAUAACCUGCAGUAAGAAUCUGCUUCUCAAGCAAUGGGAUUGGAAAAAUGAGAGAUGUACAAGAUCAUGGAAGGCUGUGAACAAAGGCCCGUUAUCCUGUAUGAAAUUUGAUGCAACUUCCACACUUUUAGCAGCAGGAUCAAGCGAUAGUACUAUCAAGAUAUGGGAUGUGGAAAAACAGUAUUACACUCAUAACUUUAAAGGCUCGCAAGGUGUGAUCAGUGUGAUUUAUUUCCACAAGAUCAAUGAUAAGCUGCAAUUAUUCAGUGCUGCUGAUGAUUGCAAGAUCCGUAUUUGGGAUCUUCAAAAAAGCAGGUGUGUGUCAGUUUUGGAAGGACAUUUCAGUGUGAUAACCUCACUUGCUUUCCCAGAAGAUAAUGUGUUAAUAAGUUCUGGUCGAGAUAAUGUCAUCAAUAUUUGGGAUCUUCCAAACAGAAAACUUUUGAAAACAAUACCAUUAUUUGAGAGCAUUGAGUCUGUAUUAAUGCUGCCAGAAGAUGUUAAUAUUCCUAAUGUACUUGAAAUGGAGAAGUCUUUUUUAACCUGUGGACACAAAGGCAUUAUAAAAAUCUAUGAUUUUAUGACCCACAAAUGUGUCUAUGAAACAACGGUACACGAUGGUCUAAGGAAUGGGGAGAAAGAAGCAAGUACAUACGCUAUUGUUCAUGCAGAACUUUGUCCAAACAUCAAUUGUGUUGCUGUUGUCACUGCGGAUCACAACAUUAUCUUGUUCAGCUUGGAAGCUGGACUCAAGAAGGUGAAACAGUUCGUAGGUUACAAUGAUGAAAUUCUUGACAUGCAAUUCCUUGGUUCAUCAGAAGACAUGGCAGUUGUGGCUACAAACAGCAGUCAAGUUCGUCUUUAUGAUCUGAAAACUAUGGACUGUCAUCUCCUCUCAGCUCAUUCAGAUAUUGUGUUAUGCUUGGAUGCACACACUUCAGGAGAGAUGAUGGUAACUGGCUCAAAGGACAAUACUAUUCGUCUGUGGAAGAAAGAUGAAGAUCGUGGAAUGAAAUGUAUUGCAGUUGGUCAGGGUCAUACCCACGUUGUCAGCUGUGUGUCUUUACCAAGAAUAAAAACGUCGUUUGUUGUCAGUGGGAGUCAAGAUUUGACCAUCAAAGUUUGGUCAACGGAAAUCGUCAGUGAAGAUAAUAACGUUUCAAAUCUGAGUGUCCUGUUGACGGAGAAAGGACAUGAUAAGGAUAUCAAUUCAAUCACAGUUUCACCGAAUGAUAAAUUGAUUGCAUCUGGUUCUCAAGAUAAAACUGUAAAGAUAUGGCGUCGUUCUGAUCUGACCUUGCUUGGUACAUUGCGUGGUCAUAAACGAGGCGUGUGGUGUGUCCAGUUUUCUCCUAUAGAUCAGUGUCUUGCCUCAAGUUCUGGUGACGCAAUGAUCCGACUCUGGGCGUUGUCUGACUUCACGUGUCUCAAAACACUCGAGGGUCAUAGUAACUCUGUUCUACAGAUCGUGUUUGUCUCGCGUGGAAUGCAACUCAUGUCAAGUGAUUCAGAUGGUUUAAUUAAGUUAUGGACAAUCAAAACUAGUGAAUGUUUGAAGACGUUGGACGAACAUAAUGAUAAAAUUUGGUCACUCGCUUUGAGUAACUCUGAAGAAAGAAUGUUAUCUGGUGGAGUUGAUUCAGUGCUCAAUAUCUGGAAGGAUGUGACUGAAGAAGAAGAGGAGACAGCGAGGAUGGCGGUUGAAGAUCAGUUGAUGAAAGAACAAGAGUUGUCUAAUCUUCUACAAAGGAAACACUUCACAAAAGCAAUCAGUCUGGCGCUGACUCUUGAACAACCAUUAAGAACUCUGAAUGUCAUCAAAGAGAUUCUUUUUGAAGAUCAAGGCCAAGAUGAGCUUUCAAGAACGUUGCAAAACCUAAAAGAUUAUCAAAUAGAUGCUUUAUUGAAAUUUUUAUGUGACUGGAACACGAAUGCUAAACACAGUCGCGUUUCACAACUUGUGUUAUCGAUGAUACUAAAACAACAUCCUCCCAACUGGCUGGUGGAGCGGCCUGAGAUGAGGGAAAGAAUCCAGGCACUUCUUCCUUAUACAGAACGACACUUGGAGAGGAUGAACCGACUGCUGCAGCAAUCAAUGUUUCUAGAGUAUACUUGGCAGUCCAUGAAACUCGGAACAGCCACUGACGACAAUGCCAACAAAAUUGGGAAAGAAAGUCAGAUGACGUCCAUUGAAGAAGAUGGAUAGUCUCUGGGAUAAUCAUAUCCUUUUAUCGGGGAUUAUGAUCGGCUUGAAACGCGGGAUUAAACAAAUCCUAAUCGUGUUUAAUGGCGUGUGGACUUAAACCAGAAAUGGACGGAUAAUUUCCUGUUUCAUAAAACGAAAUACUUGGCUUACUUGGCUUGAGCUACAGAACGUUAGAACACAAACACUGGGAAGAGACAAAAUCGUAGAACUAAAUUCUGGCGUCAAAUCAAUGAACUCUCACCUAAUACCUAAAUUUGGAAGAAAUUUAAUAAAUAUUUCAACAGAAUUUCGCAAAAAUUAGCAUUUUU